GAUUUUGAGGCCUUAGCCAAUGAGCAUUGUUUGGACGACACAGCUAAAACAUAUUUCGGAAUGAGAGCGGGCCGGAACACACUCCAGAAGAAUAACGAAAAAUCUUUUCAAAGAUAUGGAAUUAAACCUAAAAUGCUUAGAGACGUGUCCAAGGUAAAUCUGAAAAGCAAAGUUCUUGAUCAUGACAUACCAUAUCCGAUUGGUGUGUCACCAGUUGGAAUUCAAAGUUUGGUUCAAAAGGAUGCAGAGAUUCUGACAGCACGAGGUUGUGCUGCAGAGGAGUGCAAUUUCAUUCUUAGUUGUGCAUCUACCUGUAUGUUAGAAGAUGUUGCCAAAACUUAUAAUGAAACUCCCAACAUCAAAAGUAGUCUUUGGUUUCAGAUAUAUAUUUUUAAAGAUCGAAAAAUAACUUCAACUCUUUUGAAAAGAGCUGAGAAUGCUGGAUUUUCAGCUAUCGUGCUUACAGUGGAUUCCCCAACAGCUGGAUUGUGGAAGCGUGGUUUGCCGGAAGGUUUUGGGUCACGAAUUAAAAACAGAUUGAUAAACUUGCCUAACGCUGUUCAAGAUCUCUUAGAAGAUUCUCUAACUUUUGAAGACAUACGUUGGUUGAAACAAAAGACGAAGUUACCUAUCAUUGUGAAAGGAAUUCUGUCAGGAGAUGACGCCAAUAAAGCUGUUGAAUAUGGAGCUUCAGCCAUUUUUGUCUCAAACCACGGUGAACGGCAAAUUGAAAGAGUUAUUCCAACGAUUGACUGUUUGGAGGAAAUAGUUGAUGCAGUACGAGGAAAAGAGGUAGAUGUUUACUUGGAUGGAGGAGUCAGGAGCGGCAGUGAUGUGUUUAUUGCAUUGGCCUUAGGGGCAAAAGCUGUUUUCAUCGGAAGGCCAGUGAUUUGGGGAUUGGCUGUUAAAGGAGAAGAAGGUGUUAGAAACGUUUUACAAAUAAUAAAACAAGAGUUUAUUUCCACAAUGAAACUAGCAGGUGUGUCAUCUGUUACUGACAUAAACAGAUCCUUUAUAAAAGAAUUUUGCAGAUGAAGCGAUACAACAUCAAAAAUUGUAUCAACAAUACAACUCAUGUCUGCAUGCAUGAAUAAUGCCGCAGAAUUGAAUUGCAAAACAUACAAAGAAUUGAAUGAACCAUUCUUUUUUCUUUUCCUUUCCUUUCCUUUCUGCUCAAAAAAAGUACC